AAGACCACUACCUCCGGUACAAGAAGCCAGCCAUGUAACAUUCGAGGAACCAAAGUGCACCACGGCCACCAGGUGCUACGUCAGGAUCAAAGGAAACCCCGUAGUGGCUGUAUUGGACUCCAGCGCGGCUGUUAGCAUUAUGACAAAGAAAUUGGUAGAUAAACUAAGAUUAAAAAUCCUGGAAAAAUCAUCUACCGUCGUAGUAACAGCCACAGGAGCAAAAACAAGAGCACUGGGAAAGAUUAAAGAUUUAAGGAUAACCAUUCAGAAUACGAUCAUACCCAGCACAGUACAGGUUAUAGAAUCGUCGGAUGAAACCUUGCUAUUGGGAACAGAUUGGUUCCAAAAAGUGAAAGCAAGAAUCCAUUUCGACGAACAAAAAUUAAUCCUCAAAUACCAAGGUCGAACAAUCGAAGUGCCAAUAUCUUAUACUGGUAAUGAAGCCCUAAAUCAACAUAAUAAAGAGAAUAAUUGGGAUGUGGAAAGUGGGGACACAUUUGACGAGUUCACCUAUGAAGACGAAGACCUGGACGAAGCAGAAGGAUACUAUACUCUGGAAUCGUCAGAGGAAGAACCGGACAUCUACGAAAAUCCUUGGAAAAAUGAGCACCAAGCUGGUAGGAUCCAUAAUAACGCUAAUGGCUUUUCUCGUAGCCAAGAACCUAAGAAAGAAAAACAAGAAUUAAUAGAAAAGGAUAAACAACAAACAGAAUUAGCAUGGUUAAUAAAUCUAGCGGAAUAUGAUGAAUAUGACAAGUAUAACAAUUAUCGGACCGAAAGCGAAGACUCUAAUGAGGAAUGGAUCGAACUAGGUUCCACCAUAACCUAUAACCAUGAGACCGGAUGGGACUGGUGGGAUAUAAACGAAGAUGACUAUUUAAGUGAGACAAUAUUAGAAAGAAUAACAAGCUUAAUACAAGACUUACUCGAGGUUCGUAAUGCCGCCGUGGUGCAGGUCCAAAAAGCCCAAGACGCGAUGAAAGAUAGAUGCAACAAGAAUAUCAAGAAAUGGCCUAAAUUGGAAAUAGGAGACAAG